GACCUUUCUGAGCAGUCAAAGUCUUUCUUCAUAUUGGCAGCCAUGCCGGCCCUUGCAGAAAAUCCUUCCCAGCUCUCUAAAGACCAAUUAAAAAGUAGAUUAAUUUCUCAUAACGUGCCCCUGCCUCGGGGUGACCAAAAGAAAGAUGUUUAUUUGCACCUCUACUUAAAUCACGUUUUCCAUAAGGACGGGGAAAAUGUUGACUUUUCGAGUGACGAAGAGGAUAUGUCGCCUGCAAAUUCUCUUCUGCCUGUGGGAGAUCCCGAGGAGGGAGGUGAAGACAAUAUGGACGUGAAGAGCCUGAGCAACACUGAGCUGAAGGAGCAGCUGCUGAAACGAGGGGUCAAGCCGGGACCUAUAUUACCCAGCACGCGAAGUGUUUACGAAAGGAAGUUACAGCAGCUGAUGGAGGCGCUGGUGAAACAAAAUGGGCCAGGGAAUGAAGAUCGGUAUUCAGACAGCGAAGAUGAAGAAAGUCCUCCAAUGAAGAACGAGGUGGAAAGUAGAGAAAAGAUUGAUAUGAGAACACGUAAUGAAAUGUACAACAAAGCCAAGAUUCCAGCAUCACUUGCAGCCGAAUAUAACCAGAACCUGGCAAACUUAGGGGAUGACUUCAGUGUUACCAGAAUCUUGAAGCAGAUGGAAAGAAGGUCAUCUUUGGGACAUGUUCCAAUGCACAAGAGGGAGCAGGAUAGCAAAAGUCUUCCCAGUCAGCCAGAUGCUGACUCUCCUGAUCUCCCUGAUCCAAUGUCCCAGUCUCUUCUUGGAAUGAGUGCAACACGCAGGAAACCAAUUAAAGGAGCGGCAGGACGCCCAAUUCAGUUCAGAUACGAUGAUCUUGCCACCAAGGCAAGGAUGCAGGAGCACACAAAGAGCACCACAGUGGAGACUGGGAAAAAGCGUCUAGUUUCAGUGCCCCUGCAGAUUGCACUGUUUCUCCUAAUUGCUUUCAUUGCUGUAGUAUUGUUAACUAUGGAGGGGAGUCCAGAAAACCCCUUUGUUUCACUUUCAGAGAAAACUGCCGAGUCAGAACCUUGAAGGUCCUACAAAUCUAAGCAAGGAAGAUGGAGCAGAGAUUUUUUUUAAAAGUACAGUACUGGAAAGACUGAGAUAAACUGCUAUUAUAAAUCAAACUCCUUUUUGUUUCCUCUUAUUUUUUAAACUGGUACUUCGACACUAAGCCAACACAUGAAAUUAGAGAUCUUCAUGUAUGGCCACUGAACUAUGUAUACUACACAUCUCAUGUGCAGAGUAGCGGUAUCGGUAAAGGUAUCCAUGAAUGCUCAUGAAUGAAAUCCAAAAUCAAAUAUUCACACUCCUGUACAGCAGUAGAAUAGACAUUCACUUCCUUUUCUUCCUUGUCAAGUGCCCUUUGAUAUCUUUGCCAUGGGGCCUAUCCUAAUGAAGCAAUGUCACCGCAGUACUGAGUUUUGAAAGUCGGUUAAUAGGAAUCUGCAUUUUGCAUAUUGAGGGUUUGCAGACUGAUGCUGAUCACAAGUUGAAAGACCACCAUCAGCAGGGGCCAUUGAAGUGCACAUUAACAUUCAGCGUUAUUUUAAUGCUUUAAUGUUAGCAUGGGUGAGAACAAGAAAAAAAAGGGUAUUAUGUUAACCAGUUUCUCUUAAAAUUAGUGCCUUUGUUAAAUGAUCUCAAACUGAAUUGUUUGACUGGGUAUUUAUUUUAGAUUUAUUGUUCUAAAUUAUGACAGACACUAGUAUAUCAUUUGAGAUACUAAAAGGGGACUUUGAAAACCAAAAAUACUGUCAACGGCAUGUCUCAUCGUGAAGCCUUCCAAAAAUAGGUUUAAUGUACAGUAUUGUCUGGUUUUAAUUUAAUUCACUGUUUAAAUAAAGAAUGUAUUUUUUCCCGCUC